AUGGACGCAGCCGGCCAGGGCGGAAAUGCAGACAGCACUUAUGCAACGUUCCUGCUCAAACCGCGAGAGAUGGCGACGCCCUCCAUUUCAACUUUUCAGUUGAAGAAUGGCUGCGAUGCGCACGCGGAAUUUGACAGCCGCCAGCAAAGUGGGGCAACCAGGCAUUCAACUUGUGAGCCGGUCUCAGCGGCAGAGCAGCGCCCUGUGGGGGGAUGCGCCGGAGGCGCAUUAACAGUCGCCAGCGAAAGUCCUUCGUACCAAGAAGUCGAGAAAUCGUUGCACGCGCUCACUGAGGGGGAGCGUGAAAACUUGGCCGCCAUUGCAGCGUUGGAGCACCGCCGCACCGCUCUCGCCAAGGCGGCAGAACGAAUCCAGGAUGUUAUAGAACAGUCACGGGAGAGCGGCCAAACGGAAGUCAUGAGGGCGGCAGAGUAUCAACUUCAAUCCAUCUACCAGAAACAACAGGAAAGUCAAGCUCUGGACCAACUGCCUGAACAGAACAGAGACGCAGGGGGACGCGCUCAACUUUCUAUUGCUUCGGACAACAGACAGGAUGAAACGCAAGUGGGACGAGAACUUCCGCGGAAAAGCGUUUCUGGAACGCUAUCGGUUAAGCAACAAACUGACGUGUACCAAGGUAGUCAGAAGAUCGUGGUUUCGGUUGCAGGCUCACCACGAGCCCGCGACGGCAAAUUCGCAGCCGAAGGAAUCGCCAAGAAAACCGAAACGCUGCAACAGUCGAACAAGGCAGUCCUUACAGCCCCCCGCUAUGAAACGGAUAAAAGGCUUGCAUCGCAAAGUCCAUCCUCGCCCCGCGGAUUCAGCCAUGACUCCCACGACAUGAAACACGCCCUAGCUCAGGAAAGCCGCAGCGCAGCGCAGCGCUCUUCUACUCGAUGGAAGCAACAAGUGGUUAACCUACUCAGGCUCCCAGGACCCAACCUCACGAGAGAACAAUUCCUCUCAGCCUUCUACCAUCCAGGGACCAGCAUGAGCGAGUCCCUCCUCAUGACAGUCUUCGAUCAACUGAAAAACCAAUCCCGCGACGUCACAGGCGCAGCAACGGAGCACGUGUCUAUUCCUGUCGUUCUGGACGUCUUGGAGAAACACAAUGGAGGCGAUAUUGUCCGACUGAUCGAAGCUGCUGAGCUUCUUGAAAUGAAUAUUCGAAAUGUCGACAAGAAAUGUAAAAACCUCGCAAAAAGCCCACUCCACGAAUUUACCCGCCGAUGCACUUGCCGAUUUCUGCUCAAUCUCGCGAAGAAAGCGUAUGCAGAAAUGGAGACCACCAGCCAAAGGUUUGCGCCGGCAGUGGCAGUAGCGGGAUACUCCCAUGCCCUUGAAGGGUUUCAGUAUGCGCUAACCAAGAGCCUUGCCGCAGAAAAAAACCUGACGCUCGAGCAGGCCAACGUGGUGGUUUCCAAAUGCAUCCAUAACAUGCGCAACGAAUUGGAGACGGACCUCAUCCAGCUCCGCCGUAUGGAGAUCCAGGCUCAAGCGGAAGCAGAAGAGGCGAAAGCAGCCGCUGCCGCGCGUGCGCGUCUCCAGAAGGUGACUCCCCAGGAGGCGGAGGCUUUGGGCAUUCCGUAUUCAGCUCUCCUUCAGGUUGCUGGGUCCCCUGAAGGCGUCCCUGUUUCUGGCGGCACCUCCCGAUCCGUCUCGGUUCCGGGCCCCGCGGGGCAAGUCGCGGUGACGUACCGCUACCCCGAUGGGACGUUGGUGACAGACCCUGCGCACCUGCCAGAGGGAGCGAGAGCAGCAGAGUUGGCGGCUCAGAUGGAAAUCCAAAAGACAGCCAGUCUGGCUGCAGAAGCCGCUCGGCGCGCAGAGGAGAUCGCCGUGGCGCAAGCAGCCUCCGCAGCCCAGGCGGCAGUUUCUGCCGCGACGUUCGGCGGGGCUCUGUUGCCUCCUUCCCUCACCAGUAUCUUGCCAAACGCAGCUCCUGGAGGUUCGGCCCCUUCAGGAGAUGCGAAAGAUGCCAAUGCAGAUAAGACAGGAUCGCGGAUGGGUGCCCCUGUGGAGACGCCGGCGCUCCGCGGCAUGUCCACACCUGGCAACCCUUCCACGGGAAUGCAUCUCCUGCCUCCCCCCCAACAGAGUGGCAGCUAUUCGACGCAUCUCCAAAGCUGCCUCGUUUCCUCGGAGGCAGAUGCGAGACGUUCCGUUUCCCCGGCUUCCCGACGAAGCUUCACCGGGACCAUGAGUGGCAUGCUGCCAGGAAUGGAAGGCAUGCGCCCACAGAGUUCUCCCUUUCCUCUCGGCUACCCCUCGCAGGAAUCCCGCAUGCAGUCUGCCCACAUGUUUGCUGGGGGUCAGCAGAUGGCGAACAUGUUUGCUCAAGAAGAGGCAAUGAAGGGUUUUCGCGAGGGAGUCGGUGCGAGCCUCACUGUUCCAUCUGCGGUCUCCACCCCCAAGGGACAGCUGCUCUCGCAGCUUCCUCCCAAUGGGGUUCCGGGCGGACCACCUUCUGCAGGGUCUCUUCCUCUGCGUCCGGGGCUCCAGACGUUGAGCAUGACGGAGAACCGCGACAUGUUCCGACGAACGAAAGCACCUGCAGGCAACCAGAACGUCGGUGGAGCGCCGGCCGCGAGCACCCGGAGCAUGUCUCUCGUGGACCCGCUUCGUCAGGCCGGGAAGCUGCUCGCCGGGGCCUUGGGUCUCUGGAAGGAAGAGAAAGGAGCUGGCAACGAGGAAUCGGGCACGGAGGAAGACAAGCACCAGAUGCCUCCUGAGGAGCAGACGACCACGCAGGCACAACAGAACGGAGCAUUCGAGCAGAUGCGACAGAAUGAACUGAUGAAAACCCGCGCUCUCGACGCCCCACAGCACCUCAGCCUCCCCGAGAUGCCCCAGGGUCUCCCUGUUCCUGCAGGUGCUGGAUAUGCGGGCUCCCCCCUAGCAGUGCCCUCCGCACCUGGACCCAACACUGCAGGAAUGGCAGCUACGUACUACUCAAGCACACUCCCGUCGACUUCAACCGGCGUCUGCCCCCCUAGGCAGCUUCCUUCCCAGAUGCACGCCCCGGACAGCCGCGGGCACUCUGGAGCUUACCACGGGGAGACCUUGCGCCAUGAAGGUUUCCAGUCGGCCCCUGCACCCGCUGGCAACUCGUACUCGAUGGCAAGUGUCUACCAGCGACCCUCCGCAAGCGCUGUAGCAGCCGUGUUAGGCCGGAAGCAAGCAGAUAGUGGCGACGGGGCGAUGCCGACCUGCGCGGGCGUGAUGGAGAGCUCCACCGGUCAUUCAGGUGCUGCAGUCACACAAACGUCGCCGCUUUUCGGACACGCGCAGGCAGCCCCCAGUGCCAGUCUCAGUUCUGUGGCUUCAACUGCUGGCGAGGACUCGAAGGAAUGCCGCAUUCGUGUGUCAUCCUACCAAGAAGUUCCGCGGCCCCAGCUCGGCAAGCAGGAAGUCGGAAAUCUCCAGCAGGUCCAGGCUCAGCUUGAGCAACUCUCGCUCGCACACCUCGAAGAGUACGCUAAGAAAUUCGGCCUAUAUUCGACGCCAGAAGAGGCAGCCGCUGCUCUAGGUGGCGUUCCGCUUCAGGGCGUCGGAGCCCUGGCAGCCGGGACGCCUGCGACCGCUCCGACUGGGAGCGCGGCGACAAUGGGUGCCGCCUUCUGGGGAGGCGUGAAGACAGACGGGUCACAUUUUAUGCCUAAAAUGGGAGGGCUAGGCGACACCUUGCCUUAUCAGAUGGGACAUAGGGGCGAAAGCGGAGGCGUAGCAGGCCAAAGAAUGGUUUCCGCUGUCAGAGAAGGCGAACCCAUGUCUCAGGCACAACAACGGGUUGUGAUGGUCAGACAACAGUACCCAGGGCAUGGUCACAAUUAA